AUGAGCAAUCUUCACGCCUACUUUCACCUGCGCAACCUUGGCGCCUUUCGCCAGCUCCUCGAUGCGCGUGGUGUAUCAGCAAAUCGCCUCCCAGAUGGCAAAUCGGGCAGUGGGCCCCGCAGCUGGUCCCAAACUCAAGUCCAGAUGACCGCACUCCCACAAGGCGGUCAACUCGAUCAUAACCCAAACAUGCGUGACCCGCUCGGUCGUACGGUCCUUCAUUUAGCUUGCGCCGACUUGGCUCCGAUCGCCCUUGAGUUUGUCCGCGCAUUGUUAGCGUUGCCUCUAGGCCAAAUUGACGUCAAUGCCCAAGAUGCGGAGAGUGGCUGGACAGCCUUGCACCGGGCUUUGUAUGCCGGAAACUUGCCUGCUGCCGUGCUCUUGUCUGGACGAAGCGACAUCGAUGUUGGGAUCAGGGAUUUGGAGGGUAUGACCCCCUUCGAUGUUUACAAUGCAACCGUUGAAGGAACGGUUCCCGAGUCUUCUCCCUCUGUGCCUAGGGAGCUUUGGGUCUGGGGGAGUAAUCGGAAUGCUACACUGGGAAUCGGUAGUGCAGAUGAUCGCGGCUAUCCAGAAGCGAUUCACCCUCCUAAACCUGCGGAAUUACUCGCAAAACUCAGCGGAAGUGCUCGUUUUAAACUAAUUGGCGUCAAUGAUAUUGUCAUGUCUCGGUUGCACACAAGUAUUCUGACCGAUGAGGCAAGGGCUAAUCUUGAAGCAUGUGGAUUUGGUGGCGUUGGGAGACUGGGUACUAAGCAACAUACACAAUACAGCUUCGGAAAAGUGGCUGGGCUCGAAAACCAAACAAUUAUCCGGGUUGCGCUAGGGUUGGAUCAUACACUGGCCCUUACAAGUGGGGGUGACGUUCUCUCUUGGGGCAUGAAUCGGUUUCACCAACUCGGCUACGUCAUUGAACAAACCGACUCUCCCGGAAAACCAAUUCCGAAAGGCAAGGCUAAUAUCGACUCGUCUGAAAACCAAGUUCAAGUUUCGCCAAAGCGAGUUGUUGGGCCACUCCGAAAAGAGAUUGUAGUGGGCAUCGCGGCGUGUAAAACCGCCAGUUUGGGCUAUGCCAAGGUUGCUCCUGGGUGGCAAGCCACUCCUCGAAAGGUCGCCACUGUAUCCAAAGUGGUCGAUGUCGCUCUCUCGGACAUUGCUAUGGUUUGCCUACUCCCGACGAAGGACCUUAUUUCCACAACCCGUCUUUCCUCACCGUUAUCAGCCACCUGUGAACCUGGGACGAAUCCAGAUAUCGAAGAUCACUUGCAACGAAUCUGCUUUUGCUGCGCUCACGACGCAGGCGAGGUUUUCCUAUUCACCCUACCCGACAACCCCACCUCCGAGACCGAGUCCAAUCCCAACGUUCGCCCUCAAAAGGUUUGGGCAUUACGUCGGCGGGUUGCGGCAGUCCGUGAUAUCGCACUCGGCGGGGAUGGUACCAUCAUCGUCUGCACAGCAAGUGGACAUGUGUUUGUCAAUACCCCCAAGCCUGUCAAAGGGCCGAGUAUAGCUUCCGGCGUCAAUACUUCGGGGGUUGGCUCCGCCCUUUUAUCUGGAUCAUAUCGAACGCAUAAAUACCAACGCAUCCUUGGAUUACAACGCGUGUCAACGUCGCGGCUAAUCCUACUGGCGGGUUUGCGGCACUCCGUGCGACGCCACUAUAGAGCCGUUGAUCAUCGAGGGCAGUCGAUGGCCGAGGCCAUAGGAGGUAUUCAACCAUACCUUAUCGAAUCACGAGACGUGGGCCAUUCGUUCGAUUUACUCCCGGCACUUGAAUUUGGAGACGAAGAUGACGAGGAGCAUGGUGGGAUACUUGAGGAUAUUAUCCUCGCUGAGCAGUUGUGUCAAGCGGUGAUUCGAUCCCGUAAAGAAGAUGGAUUCCCCUCGACUUUGGAACAUCAUAUUCUUCACGGAGCCGACAUUCGCAUAUCUGGAGUUGUUGGAAUACCUGCGCAUCGCGCUGUGAUUGCUGCCCGGUCGAAUGUCCUAGAAAGGGUUUUGUCCGGAAAGUCGCUCUCCCAAGAUGGUUUGGUCUUCAAGUACUCUGCAAAGUCCGCCACGCUAUCUGUAUCGGGAUGCCACGCCCUCUCCAUCUUGGUUCUACUAAACUACCUUUAUUCCGACUCGGUCUGUCCCAUAUGGGACCACCGUGUCCGUUCUCCGAUAGCCUCAUCUCUUGCGCUCAUCAAAGCACAACCAGGAGAUAUUCGAUUGGACCUCCAGCGUCUCUCUCGCGUGCUUCAGUUGCCGCAGCUGCAAUUUGCAGUAGAGAGCAUUGGAAAACGUACCCCAGCUCCCACCCUCGGUCCCGACUUUGCGCGAUUGUUCCACUCUUCCCAACUAUCCGAACGACCUAUCGUCGGAGGCGAUAUUUGUCUCGAGCUCGCGGACCGGUCUGUAUACUGUCAUUCGGCUGUUCUCCGUGCUCGGUCGCCAUUCUUUGCGAGCUUCUUUGACGAAGCAGAGUGGACGCAAAAGAGAUGGAGCGAUGAUGGUAUACUCGUCGUUGAUAUGAAGCACUUUGAAUGGAAACCCAUGGAUUAUGUAUUCCGGUACAUGUGUUGUGGCCAAGUAGACGACUUGUUUGACGAUAUUGCUUUCGCGCAAUCUGUUGAAGAAUUUAUGACUUUAUUUUCCAAGUCAUGUCAGCGGCGGUUAAACGAACUCAUGCUUGAGCAAUUGACCGAAAUCUGCUCGAUGGUUAUUCUUCGUCACGUUACCCUCGUGAACAGCGUUACCAUACUCGCGAUGCCUCGCCUUUCUACUGUCCAAAGCUCAAGGCUCUUGCACAAUUACAUUGCCGUGAACAUGGAGUCUUUGAUGGAAAAGCGGUAUCUGGACGAUGUUGCUCAUGACAUCAUCAAAGAAUUGGCGAAAUUCGUUCGAGCAAUAAUGAACCGGCACCGAGAGUGGCUUGCAAUGCAAGACUUCCCGUCGGUGGUAGUUCGCACCGUUCCUCCCGGACGACAACCCAAACUGUCACCUAAACUAUCCCCGACCAUUGGUCCAACAUCUCCCAAGACCCCUCGGCGAGUGUCGUCGUUCAAUCUCCCUGUGACGCCACAGAGACAGAAUACGUCCAAGCAAACGGAAAAGACCCCUCAAUCCGAUGGGAUGUUUGUCAUGGACGAGGAAGGAGACGAACCUGUGCCCGCUCGCGAUUUACCAACAGGAACGGAAACGUCCAUGGUCAAUCUUCCUCAACUCCCCCCAGUCGCAAGCUCCCCAGGUCCCUCAUCAAAGGUAUGGAGGGGAUCAAAAGCCGAACGAGUGGAUAUGCGGUCAAUAAUGGCUGAUGAGGCUGCAAGCUCGCGCCCUGCACGCUCUCCCAUGAAAGACAGGACUCAGCCAUCCUCCACCCGCAAAGCAGUCAACUCGCGACUCCUCCAGCUUCAGCGAGUAGCUCAUGGAGGGACCCUCCAGCGUCGUCGGGUCCCUGCUCAGCGCUCAAACGAAGCUAGACCUCGCCCUGGAGAGUUUCCAAGCUUAUUUGAAGGUAACUUGCGACAACGCGUACCGUCUACUCCCACUGCGCCGCCCUCCGGUCCCUCUCCUUCUUCGGUGCCCAAACCCAACGCCCAACAAACGAACUCAGUCAAGUCGAACAGACCACCGCUGCAGCCUGCUCCAGCAUCGGAACAAGCAUUCCCAGGGCUCGGUCCCGUCAUUGUCCCGAAACGGGCUACUGGAGGGACCGAGAGUUCGCGAAAACGAAACAACGCCGAUGCUUGGACUGCCCCUCCCCCUGUUCCGUCCCCACUUCCUGGGCCAUCAGGGUCUGUAUCCUUUUCCGAAAUUCAGCAGCAGCAACAUGCACAGAAAGUUGGAUCUGGAGCAGGAAAAUCGAAGAAAAGCCUGUUGGAGAUCCAAGCGGAAGAAGCCGAACGGGCAAGGUGUUACAAGAAGAAGAAUUGGCACGGGCUCGGGAGGCAGAGGAACUGGCAGCAGAAAUUGAGUUUAUGCGUUGGUGGAAUGCUGAAGAGGCCAAGUAAAGAAGGAAAUGGAAGGGAACAAGGGAGGUGGCGGAAGCGGGGGCAAGAACCGUCGGAAAGGGAGAGGGGGUGGGGGAAAAGAGGCAAAAGUGGCCAGGGAGCAGCCGUCGGGAACGCGCAGGCUGCGGCAGCUGGGUCUACUGCGAGGCCAUGA